AAAAAAAACACCGCUCUAAUUCAUAAAUAUAAAAAAGAUCCUCUGAGGAGGGCACUUUUGUGAUGGCAACUUCACUUCUAGGGGAGGAGCCGCGAUUAGGUUCGACACCUUUAGCCAUGCUGGCUGCGACGUGCAACAAGAUCGGGUGCCCUUCUCCAUCCGCGAUCUCGGAUAACACGUCGUCCUUUGGUAAGGGAUUUCACCCGUGGAAGCGCGCCACGGCUAGCAGCUGCAGUCUGGGCUCGGGUUUAUCCUCCAGCUUCGGUGUGAGCAGAAACGGCGGCGCUCUGGCGGACUCGUUCGGUGCGAGUGGCACAACGGCGUCCAGCGCUUUCUCACUGACACCAGGCGCCUCCUCCAACUCCCAUCUCGGCAACGACUACCCCGUGUUCCAGCCACCGGCGUCGAGCGCCUCUCAGGAAGCCGGCCAUCAGCCCGUGUUCAUCUCCAAAGUGCACGCCAGCGUGGACGGCUUACAAGGCAUCUACCCGCGCAUGAGCGUUGCGCACCCGUACGAAUCGUGGUUCAAGUCGUCGCACGCAGGGCUGCCGACGGGUGAUGUUGGGGCCACGAGCGCUUCCGCCUGGUGGGACGUUGGAGCGGGAUGGAUUGACGUUCAGAACGCCAACGGCGCCGCCGCGCUGCAGACACCGCUGCACUCAGGAGGACUCCAAUCGUCUUUGCAUUCGCCGCUGGGCGGCUAUAACUCGGACUACUCCGGUUUGAGUCACUCUGCUUUCAGCACAAGUGCGUCGCCACACCUGCUGACCGGCGGCCAGCACAUCAUGGACGGCUUUAAGCCUGUACUCUCUUCCUACCCGGACUCGAGCCCAUCUCCCCUGGGCGGCGCAGGAGGUGCCCUGCUGAGCGCGGCCCCGUCUGCCUCUCUGGCUGGCUCACCCAGGUCAUCAGCGCGCCGCUACUCGGGCCGCGCCACGUGCGACUGUCCCAACUGCCAGGAGGCAGAACGCCUGGGACCUGCGGGUGCGAGCUUGCGCCGUAAAGGCCUUCACAGCUGCCACAUCCCCGGUUGCGGCAAAGUGUACGGCAAGACAUCGCACCUGAAGGCACAUCUGCGGUGGCACACGGGCGAGCGGCCUUUCGUGUGCAACUGGCUCUUCUGUGGCAAGCGCUUCACGCGCUCCGACGAGCUCCAGCGGCACCUGCGCACGCACACAGGAGAGAAGCGCUUCGCGUGCCCCGUGUGCAACAAGCGCUUCAUGCGCAGUGACCACCUGAGCAAACACGUGAAGACCCACAGUGCAGGCGGCUCUGCGGGCUCUGGCUCAGGCGGCAGCGGUGGCAAAAGGGGCAGUGACACCGACAGCGAGCACAGUGGACCUGGCAGCCCUUCAUGCAAUUCCCCCGACCUUCUGCAGCCCGCAGAGGCACUUCCGUCGAGUAUGAACGGCCGCGUCAACUCCCUCGAUUAAACUGCUUCAAAUGACUCUGGAUUGGAAGCGGCAGGGUUCGUGACCUUCACAAACAAGGUCCUGACGUUUACUAAGAAAUAACCGAGGAGCCAGCUACACUUCGACGUUAUCAAGACAUAAAGGUGAUGAUAACGCAAAAAAGUCAGCUUUGGCCCGGACAAAUCCUGUGACGCAGUUGCGGGAAAGAAGAGAAAACUUUUGAGGAAAAUCUGGGCACAAGACGAAUUUGCUCCAAAGGCCCAUGUUAAUGGAUUCAUGUUGGAUACAGUUGAAUUCGUUAAAUCCAAGUUUUGAAAUGUCAAUCAGCGAAAGGGCCAGCAAUGUUUCGCUUCUGUUCUGUUUCCUCAAAAUAUAACAGUGGCACUUUAUUCAUGUGAACACUCCAUGAAAAUUCACGUGUGUGGCAACAAUAAUUAAAAAUACGCUGUAAUGUUGCCAAGUCUUUUCGUUCAAAUUAAUUUCUUUAAUAUUGCAACAAAAAAAAACAAAACAAAACAAGAAAACAACAACAAAAAAAAAACAUAGCAUAUAUGUCGCACACUGGUCUUUAUUCAGGAAGAAUACAACAGCUGACAAUAUUUGUAUGAAAUUUACUUAUUUGCUAUAGCUGAAAAACGAAUGUACAUAUUGAAACUGUAUAGAAUAGUUUAGAGGAUUAUUACAUACCUGUGUAAAAGUUUGGGUAACGUAUUGUCCAAGAUACAAUUUUGUAUAGUAGCUAUUUUUAGUUGCAUAUUGACUCUAGUAAAUAUAUUAAAUUGUAUGGGAGUGCAUUUUUUUUUGUCAAGACGUCAUAUUUAUCCAUAAAUUGGACUUUUUUUUAUGACUGAGUCGCGCUUUUAAACUGUAAAACUGAAAAGAUCGAAAUGAAUUCGGUGUUAAAUCGGGUUUUAUAUCAUUUAUGUCAGCAUGCACAUGUGAGAGGAACGCUCAGUUCUAUACCUUUUCCCUCUAGAAAUGGCUCUCUCUGUCAAAGCCCCUCAAUAAAGGCAACAUGGGUUAAGUUUACUAUCAA